CAUUACAAAACAGCAGACGACAUUUCACGGUGGCUUUGUUCUGCUGUUGUGAUAACCGUUUCGGGCUUCCGCUGUAGCGUGCGCGGUGAACACACGACUCUUUCCUGAUAUUUUUUGUUAACUUGACUUUAAUCAGCGAUGAGUAGUAAUGAAAAAUGUCAGACAAAUGAAGGUUCGUCAUCGUCCGUCAUUGGCUUCGUUGAGAAAGUGAAGAAAGAAUGCACCACUGUGGAGGAGACAGUCAAGAAACUGGAAUCUUACAGACUCAACACACUUGAUAACAAUGUAGUGAAAGACUCAGCACAGCUGACUGCAUUGAAGGACAAAUGCUCUGCUAAACAGGGGGAGCUCCAGAGUGUGAAGUUGCAGGUGUCUGAGGUCCAGAAGUUAAUCAAGGAGUUCAAGAAAAAGACUGAGUCUUUGUCGUCGAGGGUCUCUUUGCUCACAAACAAGAUAGUCUCCGAAAAGGAAGCGCAAAUUGCAAAAGUGAAUGAAACUGAACAGCACCUACUGGAACUUCAAGAAGCAGUUACCAAGGCCUUUACUCCAGUGAAAGGCGAGCAAAGAAUGGCUUCCUUAACCGAGGAAGGAUGCAUCCUGGAAGAAGCUAUCGCAGAAGUGCAGCAGCAAAUUAGAGAAUCCGAGGCGGAAUUCCAAGAGCUUGGUGGGCAGCUGCACUGUGUGGACCUGCAGUUGACUGGUGAAGAGAGGAACACAGUGCUAGCCCUGUUCGAGGAAGAAGCGCGAGCCGUUGAGCGAAUGCUAGAGACGGCGAGGAGCAAACGAGAAUCUCUGCAGCAGGACAUCCGCCGCCUGUCUGAGAAGGCGUAGAUGAUGCUGUCCCAAGCGAUGCCAAAGCGCCACCUGUGAUACGGAACAUUUUUCCUCACUUGUUCUGGAAAGCCAGUCUUUCCACAGUGCUGCCUCGCUAGUAUUUUCGCCCAUUCCAUUUUUUACCGAGUCAACUACUACUUUAUAUUGAUCUCUACUGUACUCGUCAUCUUUGAUGUGUCUGCCAAAGUUUUGUACCCGACAAUAUUAAACGCGGUUUCUAAGCUUUGUA